AUGGAGCAUUCAAUGAGUGAGAACUCUUGUCAAUUGUGUGCGGUUGGAAAGCUUACCUUUGAACCCCCACCAAUAUACUGUACGCCCUGUGUUGCUCGCAUUAAGCGGAAUGCAAUGUAUUAUACCGUGGGAGCUGGUGAUACACGGCACUAUUUCUGUAUUCCAUGCUAUAAUGAGGCUCGUGGGGACACUAUUGUUGCUGAUAGGACUCCUAUUCCAAAGACAAGACUCGAGAAGAAGAAAAACGACGAGGAGACCGAAGAAUGGUGGGUUCAAUGUGACAAGUGUGAAGCUUGGCAACACCAAAUUUGUGCAUUAUUUAACGGUAGGAGGAAUGAUGGUGGGGAAGCUGAGUAUACUUGCCGAAAUUGCUACAUAACAGAGGUUGAAAGAGGAAAGCGCAAGACCUUACCACAAAGUGCGGCUCUGGGGGCUAAAGAUCUGCCUAGAACAAUACUCAGUGAUCAUAUAGAGCAGAGGUUGUCUAGGAAACUGACGCAGGAAAGACAGGAGAGGGCCAGGGUGCAGGGGAAAAGUUUUGAUGAUGUUCCAGGAGCAGAAUCACUUGUAGUUCGAGUUGUUUCAUCAGUUGACAAAAAGUUGGAAGUGAAGCAGCGUUUUCUUGAGAUAUUUCGGGAGGAGAAUUAUCCAACUGAAUUCCCAUAUAAGUCUAAGGUCGUUUUACUGUUUCAGAAGAUUGAAGGUGCUGAGGUAUGUCUAUUUGGCAUGUAUGUUCAAGAAUUCGGAUCAGAAGCUCACUUUCCAAAUCAGCGUUGUGUCUAUCUUUCUUAUCUGGAUUCUGUGAAGUACUUCAGACCUGACAUUAAAGCAGUGACUGGAGAGGCUCUCCAUACAUUUGUUUACCAUGAAAUUUUGACUGGAUACCUUGAACACUGCAAGAAAAGGGGUUUUACAAGCUGCUAUAUAUGGGCUUGCCCUCCAUUAAAGGGUGAGGAGAAUAUAUUGUAUUGCCAUCCAGAAAUCCAGGAAAUGCCAAAAUCUGACAAACACGGGGAAUGGUAUUUAGCGAUGUUACGAAAAGCUGCCAAGGAAAAUGUUGUUGUUGACUUCACUAAUUUGUAUGACCAUUUCUUCAUAUCUAGUGGUGAAUCCAAGGAAAAGGUCACAGCAGCUAGACUGCCCUACUUUGAAGGGGAUUAUUGGCCGGGUGCUGCCGAGGAUUUAAUCUGUCAACUUAUUCAAGAAGAAGAUGGGAGAAAACAAAAUAAGAAGGUAUCUACCGAAAAGACCAUUACAAAAAGGGCUCUAAAAGCAUCUGGCCAGGCAGAUCUUUCUGGUAACGCAUCGAAGGAUCUGCUACUGAUGUAUAAAGGCAUCCGUUGGGUUUGCAACCGGUGCAAAGACUUUCAAAUUUGUGAUAAGUAA